AUGGAUGGUCAGAAGACCUCGUCAACUGGCCAAGGAGGCGGCAACAAACCGCCUCGCCACAAGCACGUCGGAUCAUCCUCCUCACUCGGCUCGCUAUACGAAGUUCUGGCCGACCUCGACGACACCCAACUGCAGUAUCUCAUCCAGGAGAUGAACCACACCGGCCAUCGCAACGUGCCUGUGUCCCAGGCAGUGUCGGCGUUGGAGGCGCAAGCUCCCACCAACUCCUUGGUCUUCACAGGCCCGGUUCCGCCAGCCUCUGUGCAAUCCAUGCAAGCACCGCAGCGGCGGCUCUCCAAGUCGCAGCAAGGGAAACUCCGCCUGCAGACUGCUUUUCGGAGAGUGCCCUCUCUGAGACUACAAGAGAGAGGACACGAUAGCCCAGGAGGAGGCCAGGUCGACCCGGAUCUGGGCGCGGACGCGGACACGGAUGUCAAGGGCAGGCCCGGAAACGACCGAAGUCUUCGUUCUCAUCCUCCUCUUCCUCCUUCUCCUCCUUCGGAGCAGCACCACGACUCGGUUGGGAAGCCUGGCAGCUGGGGCCCGAUCUACCAUGACAACGCCGAAGAACCUCCAAGAAGCAAUCGGGGCCAACGGCAGCCGAUAGAGAAGGCCAUCGACGCAGGUAGUGUGCGGCCAUCCAGCGAGAGGAACAGAAGGGAAAGCCCCGCAUACAGACGCAUCCCUCGACCAGACUUCAACCUUCCAGCAGGUGUCACCGUCGUGGACCUGCUACAACUCCUUGAAGUCGAGUACCAAUCCUCCAACUCGCCACCCUCAUCCCCCCCCAGCUCAUCCUCUUCCCCGUCGUCCUGCGCGUUCCACCUCCCGAAGCGCCGAUUGCCCGCCGCAGAUCCCAGACACCCGAACCAGACGCCCAACUGGCCCGAGUCGCGGCCCCUGCGAAGGCACACUUCCCGGUUGGAUAUGGCACUCGACGUGGAACGGGGAGCUUCCGGCGCAAUGGAGAUCGGGAUGAGCAUGCUGGAGCCGCGACAGUUGAGGUCGGUUUCGCUCGGGGCACCAGGCCGAAUCGAUUCGGCAGCUAACAUGUCGCUGGAUCCGUUUGAGCGUCACUACAAGGGCGAAUCGCCAUCGCUCGCACCGCCCGUGGUGUAUGAGGGAAUCUUUGACGUUCUCGAGAACCGAUGA